AGGACCACCCACCCGAAACCUCAGUGUAUCGAAGGAAAAUAAAUCCCCACCGUUCAAACUAGAUUACUGUCCCUAACUCCUGAUGGUCAAAGAUUUGAUGAUACAAAAUCUUUUAUGCACAUGCACCACGCUAUUAGCUCCUCCUAGAAGUUUAGAAACCACCAACCAGCAAGUGUACGCAGUGCCAAAUGUGUAGCGAAGAAGCAUAGAAUCAUAAUCUUUGCUCCCCAUCUUUCAAGAAGAUGGUUUGUGAAGCUCUGUCCUUAACCAUUCCUUUGUUCUCAAAUUUAACCUCCAAAGAUACCAAAAGAGCUACAAAGCACCACAAUCUUCAUCGUUCAACGCUUAGAAUUCGAUGCUCAAGUUCUAGUGCAGAGUGGCCCAUAACUGCUGAUAAACAUGAAGAUGAUCAUUCCCUGACUGGUACUGCUUAUGAUUUUGAAAGAGCCACCGUAUCACUUACUCGUAAGUCCCUAUCGACCUCAAAGAGGGUAACUCUUGUAAGGCAUGGCCUCAGCUCUUGGAAUGAAGAGGGUAGAGUUCAGGGAAGCUCAAACUUAUCUGUUCUGACAGAAACUGGAGUGAAGCAAGCUGAGAGGUGUAGGCAAGCCCUUUCAAAUAAGCACUUCGAUCAAUGUUUUUCAAGCCCAAUAUCCCGCGCUAAGACCACGGCUGAAGUGUUAUGGCAAGGGAGGGAAGCGCCUCUGGUUUUCCUUGAUUCGCUAAAGGAGGCCCAUCUGUUUUUCCUUGAAGGCAUGAAAAAUGUGGAUGCUAGGGUAAUAUAUCCAAAGGAGUAUGUAACAUGGAGAGAGGAUCCUGCGAAUUUCUACGUGAAUGGUGUCUACCCUGUUCGGAAACUAUGGGCAACAGCUAGAGAAGCCUGGAGGGAAAUCUUGUUGACACCUGGAGAAAACUUUCUAGUUGUCACCCACAAAUCAAUGUUAAGGGCACUGAUCUGCACAGCUUUAGGGCUAGCCCCUGAGAGGUUUCGGGCAAUUGAUGUGAAUAAUGGUGGAAUAUCCACAUUUAGUUUCAACAAAAGAGGAGAAGCGAUGCUGCAGUCUUUGAAUAUGACUGCCCACAUGUAUAGUGAUCAUGUGUAUCUUUGAAACUGCUUGAAGAAUUAGCUGUUCAUAGUGAGAAAAAGAGACAUACUAUUUUUGCUUUGUAAUUAAUAAGAAUAUAUACUUAUUCUUACACA